AUGAUCAAUACUCACCUUGCCCUCAGCCUCAUUCUAGCAGGCGCAUUAGCCAAUCCACCAACACCAGUCGAUGGCUUCUGCGCUAGCUAUGUCAUCCAAGGAUACGACACAUGUGCCCUAAUCGCCCAAGCACACGGGAUAACCGAAGCCGACAUCGAAGCCUUCAACACAAGAACAUGGGCAUGGCUAGGCUGCAACCAGCUAUACCAAGGUGAUUUCAUCUGUCUGAGUGCCGGUGAACCGCCAAUGCCAAUGGCUCUACCAAAUGCCGUAUGUGGUCCCCAAAUCCCCGGCACAAUGCGCCCAGGCAACUGGGCUGAGCUCGGCUCUAUGCAUCCCUGUCCCUUGAACCAAUGUUGUGCUACAUGGGGUCAAUGCGGCACAGGUGCAGAAUUCUGUGAUACGAAAGCUCGUAAACCUCCCGCUGGAGUGACGGCUACGGUCAGUGCUGCCACUGAGACUGCACAAGCCACUACCCUUGCGACACAGCCCGAUCAAGCAGCUGUAGCAGUACAGCCUGAGUCGGAACCUAAAGCCCAGACUAAGCAAUCUGAACCGAAAGACAAACCUCAAACAACGUCCACAACCUCGAAGCCCACGACGACGUCCGAUGACGGCUAUUUCAAAAACACCGAUAAGCCAUGGGAAGGUAAUCUUGAGAUCGACGGAUGGAAAGAACCAUGGGAGGUGAUAUGGUAUAGUGAGAAGGACUGCGAAGGAGACUACUACACCUUGUCCGGAUAUAAUGACGAGACGCCCUCUGGCAAGCGGGAGCGAUGUCUGAACAGGAAAGAAGGGUUGAACAGCGAGCUCACCGAAACAAACGUGACUUGUAGAUGGUGGACGGAGGGUGGACUCAAAUGGGCUCCCUGUGAAGUUGGCACGCUGGACAAACCACAGUCGUGGGUUCUCAGGAAUGCCUACUGUACGAUUUACGAUGCCUACAACUGUGAUUGCUUUGAUCACUAUGCCCAGUCUUAUGGUUCUGAGGGCUGUCGCAACAGGGACAAGUUCGAUCCGCCUAAGUUUGUCUCUUUUGGAUGCGUUCAUAUUCCUUAUGAUUGA